CCAUCCCACCUCGGAAAUACCAACCAGGUGCUGCAGCUCCUUCCUCCCGUACCCUCCUCUCUUCUCCAGAGCUUUUCUCGCGGAGCUCCGUCGCUGUGAACCCCGCAGUAAACAGCAGCGAUGUCCGGCCACUGAGUGAACCCCCCCGCUCUCUCUGCCUGUGUGUUGCCCGGCUUGCAUGGCUCCUGCUCGGCCGGCCGGACAAUAGACGCCCGCCUGCCCGCUGCAGCAGUAGCAGCUUCUCCUCCUCCACCCGGGGGGGAGCUUUCCGAGUGAUCCUGCCCAGGGUCUCUGCAGGACUCUCCGCCUCUCCAAAUGGCUGGACACGAGUGGGAAGACUGGUUCGAGCGGGAGGAAUUUAUCGGGCAGAUCAGCGACAUGCGAGUGCAGAACCUGCAAGUUGAAAGAGAAGUGGUUCAGAAGAGGACCUUCACCCGAUGGAUGAACCUGCAUUUAGAGAAGUGUGACCCACCCAUUGAGGUUCUUGACCUUUUCCGUGACAUACAGGAUGGACACAUCCUCAUGGCCCUGCUGGAAGAGCUCUCUGGCUGCAAGCUGCUUCAUGGAUUCAAGAAGUCCUCCCAUCGUAUUUUCAGACUGAACAACAUCGCUAAGGUCCUGAAUUUCCUGGAGGAGAGAAACGUUAAGCUGGUCAGUAUAGAUGCAGCUGACGUUGCUGAUGGAAACCCCUCCAUCAUCCUGGGACUCAUCUGGAACAUCAUCCUCUUCUUUCAGAUUAAGGAGCUGACUGGGAACAUCAAGAGCCAGUUCCCCUCCUCCUCCAGCUUGUCGUCCAUCCCCACCAGCUCCGACUCUGACACGUCCUUCUGUAGCACGCCAUCAGAUGAGAGACAGUCAGCGUCCACGGCCAUGCGAGAACACGGCAAGGCCAUCAAAAAACUGCUGCAGUGGGUACAGAAGCGAACACGCAAGUUUGGUGUGGCAGUGCAGGACUUUGGGAAGAGUUGGACAAGUGGUCUGGCCUUCCUUGCUGUCAUUAAGUCCAUUGACUCCAGCCUGGUGGACAUGAGGAAGGCACUGCUGAGGACUGCCAGAGAAAAUCUGGAGGACGCCUUCAGGAUAGCCCACUACAGCCUGGGUAUCCCACGCCUACUGGAGCCAGAGGAUGUGACUAUCAACGCACCAGAUGAUCAAUCAAUCAUGACGUAUGUGUCACAGUUCCUGGAACACUUCCCUGGCAUAGAGGAGCCGGAGGAGUCCUGCCAGCUGAUUGAAAAAAGCAUCUCUAUGUGCCGACUAAACUUCCGUGACAAUGACUCCGACCACAUCAGGAAUGGCGCUCACAGAAGUAGAGUGAGAGAUAGGUCCAUCAUGUUCCAGAGGGAAUGUACCCAACCCCCACCCAAAAUCUUAAUUUCCUCUGUGUCAGAAGAUAGGAGCAUCAUGUCGCCCCGAAUCAGGCCGGCCGCAGCUCGCUCAUGGUCCAGUGAAGACUUCUUAGCAGAUUCCCCCCAUAUGGAAGACAUCUCCAGCAGUGUGGUUGAAGAUACCAAGGAACCUGCCUGUGAGAACUUAAUCAACUCAACUUCUGACUCACCACAACUGUCUUACGCUCACUCGCCCACUGGCUCAUCAGUGCCUGAGUCUGUAAACACUGAGUCAGUUAUUGGAGACUCAGCAAUCAGCUCACCUGAUUCCUGGGUGGAGAGCGAGUUUGGCAUCAUGCCAGAGAAGUUCUGUGAGAGUCGAAGUGACAGCUCUUUGUGUGACAGUGGAACAGCCUGGGAUGUGUACCGUGCCACCCCCGUGGAGAUCACUACUCUUGAUGAAGGAUUUGUCCCAUCCAUAGAGGAUAGAGUCCCUGAUGAGCAGUCGAUUACAGAGUCGUAUAUUGAUGAAGGUAUUUACUCGCUGAGCUCACUGCAGAGCACCCAGGAGAGAAUCCAAGGGUAUUCUGUGAAGAAACAAGUUGAAGUCGUGAAAGAGAAAGAGACAAACCUUGACAACCACAACCAGGAUAUGGCAUUAGAACAGGUACCUGAUCAUAGCGAAGCUGAGAUUAUAAAAGAAGUAGACUCUAAACAGAUGGAUACAAGUGUACUCCAAAAAGAUGAAGUACCCAGAGAGCAAGAAUCUUCUUUUGGACUGUGUGUUUCAGAAGUAAUGGUCAACUCUGGUACAGAAGAUCUCAUUGAAACUGAUAAAACUAACCAGUCCCCACUCAUCUCCAACACUGAACUACCACCCCUUGACCUAUUUGAAGAAUUCAUAAAGCAAACCAGUGUUGAAGAGAGCGCUAACCGAGAAGCAGAAUGUUUAAAGAAAGAUGUGGACUUCAUUGGGGAUGCACAGGACCACGAAGGACAAAUUAAUGGUCGAACUGAAAGUCAGAAUCAUAACUCUGAGGAGGUUGAAGUGGAAACUGAAUGUCAGAAACCAGAUUCUCCUUCAGAGGAGACAAAAGGGGAGUCAAGAGAGGAGUCUGGAAUUUUAAAGGAGAGGGAUGAAGCUGUUGUAGAAACAGAAGACAAAGCAAGUGAUGGAGUUCCAAGCUUUAGUUCAGAGACUUGUGAUGCUUUAGCAAACACACAUCCAACCAAUCAAGACGAAACCUCAAAAACAAGUCUGGACCCAUGUACGGGGAUAAACAUUCCUCUGAUCUCUAUUUCCAGUGAGCCAGAAGAGCAAGAAGAAGAGGGAACAUGUAACCUCAAAAGACAACAUCAUGCUGAGGAUGAUGAGGUACAUCACGCAGAGGCAACUGGAACUAAAGAAACUGACACAGAUGUAAACAGCCCUCAAGAUCCAGAUAUAUUGAGCGGUGAUUCCAGUGACAAUAACGACAAAAACCCUGUUGAGAUCCCUUCCCGCAUGGUAUCAGAACUAGUUAAACCAACAACGUCAGAAGAAAUAAGAGACAUAGAAAGUGGGCAUUUGAAUGAUACAGAUGAACAUGACAUCAGUAGAUCAACAGCAGACAUAUGUGGGACAGAUACAACAGAUAAGAUGGACAGAAGGGAAGUCGAACAGGAAUGUGAGUCUCCUCACCAUGACACUGAGAAGGACUUGGUAGCUCAGACCUCUUCUACAGAUGGUAAAUCAAUAGAACCUGUGACUACUGAGCUGGAAAUGGAUUUAACUGAUCAACUAGAUGGAUCCCAAGACAAACUGAUUGAAACCUUUUCUGACAAUGAGACAGCUACCACACUGGAUCCAGUCGACUCAAAACAAAAUGGUGCGACAGGGACUUCAUGUUGUAAAGUUGGUAGUGUGUCCAGAGAUACUGACUUGUUUUAUACAGACUUUGAUCGAAGAUCUCCCACAGAUGAUCUAGUUGGUGACCCUAUCGAACCCAUGGAUCUGUUCUAUCCUGACAAAGAGGAGCCCAUGUUUACAGAGCCGCCUGAUACUGAAAUGCAGAGCUGGCCUUCUGUUCUGAGUGUAUCCGCUCUCCAGCCGGCGCCAGCUUCAGAGACUCUGCCAGACGACCAUCCACUCGACCUGCUUGGUCAAGACUUCAGAAUUGGAGUAAAUUCAGUACAAGAGGAUGACAAGGUGAUCACUAAGACCAACCUGGAGACUGACAAAGCAUCUGAAUCGCAGGAACACUGUUUGUUGCCGGGGGAGAAGAUAGAAGGACUCUGGGGUGAUAUUCCAGCAGACGGCAGUGAUCUCAGUGAGGCCAAGCAACGGAGCUCAGGCUCUGCCAGGGAAAACACAGAGCAUGUGAGUUACAGUGGACGCGAUGAAAGCCAGAACCCUCCAGUUCUCCGUCACAGAAAGGGGCUUCGCUUCACUGAGUCCAUGGACAAUCGGACAGCCCAGACUGCAGCGGCCAGAAAAGAUGACAACGGUGACUCUGAUUUUUGGCGUGGUGAGAACUGGGAGCUGUAUCUGCUGCUGCUGCUGUGGCUGCUGCUCUACUGUUUCUGGCUGCUGCCACAGAUGGACCUGAAGACACUGCCCAGCCUGCUGCUGAACCUCAACCACUAAAGGACACACACACACACACACACACACACACACACACACACACACACACACACACACACACACACACACACACACACACACACACACACACACACAGAGUUAGAGGAAAAAAGAGAAUUUUAACAAAUAUAUAAACUUUAAUGCACCGUCACUAAAAAAACACACACAUACAGCUCAACUGCCACUCCUCGUUCCUUUCCAUUCCACUGACUGUACUCCAGAUUAGAUUAGACUUUUAGGUUUUUGCUUUUUAGCUUUUGAUGUGGCUUGAAGUAUUCUGUAUGACAAUGUGUUAGGGCCACUGCUGGGGAAAACUAGGUCUGAGAUUUAAAAAAAAAUGUGCAACCUUUUUAGAAAAGGUCAUAAUGCUGUUAAAAUCAAGUCAAAAUAAUUUUAUGGGAAUAAAAUUGUAAUUUUACAAGGAAACAGUCAUAGCAGUAUAAGACGUACAUUUUAAUAUUUUGAGAAAAAUUAUGUUGUGAAAAUAAUGUAAUAAUUUUACAAGAGAAAAGUAAUGUAACAAAAUAAAGUUUUGCUUUUACAGGAAUAGGUCAUUAUAUGUCAAGAAUAAAGUUUUUGAUAAAAAAAGUAAUAUUUUAAGACUAAAGACUAAACUCAUAAUAUUUCAAAUUAGGUCUUACAUUUUUUUUAGGAAAGGUUAUAUUAUUUAGAGAAUAAAAAGUCAUAUAUUGUAAUAUUUCUUAUAAUAGUAUGACAUAUUCUCAAAAUGAGUCAUACCUUCAUGAUGCAAAAAAAAUAUAUUAUAACCCUAUAAAACAUAUUCUCAUAACAUUGCCUUUUUGUUUUAAAAUAAUAACUCCUAAUUAUAUUUUGAGUCCUAGAAAAUAAUUUGUAAUUCUGAGAAAAUGUCAUAUUAUUUCACAAUAAGAAAUAUUAUGAAAUAAUAAAGUCAGAACUUCCAUGUAAAAUUGAGACUUUUUUUUUUUUUAUUACAAUGCAAUCUCUUAAUAUUAAGCCUUUUUCUUGUAAGGUUUGCCACUUUAUUCUCCAAAUGUUGACUAUUUAACUAUGACGUAUGGGUGAAACAUAAAAGAAAUAGAAGAAAAAUUACAACUUUGGUCACAUAACAUUGCCAUUUCUCUCAAAAUAUUCCAAAUUUAUUCUUGAAACCUCCAUGCAGUGGCCCUGACGCCCCGCUGCAGAUGUGCUUCUGUUUUAAAGACACUAUACAAGUUUGUGGUUUAUUGCUGUGCAAAGCCGACAGAGCUGACCCUGUAAGACUACAUGACUGUACAGCACGCUCUGCUUUGUAGAUAGAGAUAUAUACUAAAGAUGUAUGGAUGCACAGUUCUGAAAAGCCAUUUAACCCCGAAAAUGUUAAAGGUGAAACUGCUUAAGAUAAUAAAAACUGGAGAUAGUGGAGCUCAAAAGGAAAUGAAAACAAGAAUAUAUAUGAUAAAGCCAGUCUUUCUGAGUGUACGUACUGUUGUAAAGAGAACUAAUCAGUCUGAAUGAAAGGGUAUUUUGGAUUUGUUGCACUUUUGAAAAAGAAUACAAACUGCCAAAGAUUGUGUUGAAAGUGCUGAUACAGAAAGUACACAACUCACCCAAUAAUGGAAAUCCUGUUUUUAACACGUAGAAAGUCUCUUGUACGAAAGCACCCAGCUCUAUAUUGUAUAAUAGUUCAAGCAGAAUAUGUAUGUAAUAUUUUAUGGUUCAUAAGAUGUAUGAAUGGAUUUUUAAAAAGUUUUAUGACAAAGAAAUGUUUUAUGUGACUGAGCUAUGCUUGAGCCUGUCCAAACCUGUCAACGGAAAGAGAAUGCUUUACAAAGAAAUAUCUUUCUGUGUUAUUUUUUUAACCAUGUCUGUAGUGAAGCAAGUCCUUAGUUUGAUCAUUCCUCACACCAGCCGACCUAAAUAUGAACACAGCUCCUCCAUUCACUGACUGAGGGGCAGCAAAAAAGCCAUUCAUUCCAGUCCAUUUCCAACUGGGUCAACCCUCCAGCAUAGUGCAUCAUAACCACAUCUCAAGUGUGUGUGUGGACAUGUUUUUGUACUUUUAUCCUUGUGAGAACUAGAGCUGUGUCCCAAUUCCAUACUAUUUACUAACUGCAUCAUGCUUAUUGUCAUGGUAUAGUGUUUUACCAGUUACUACAAGAAGAAUAUGUAUGCUUAAUAAACAUUAUACAUCAAAAAGAGAAAGCAAAAUAUUACUCUAAAGAUGUAAUACUUGCUUUUUAAGCUGGAAACUCUCUCUCCCUUGGUUGAAGCCUCGAUGUUCUGUUUCUAGCUGUUUCCUGAGCAUUUCCAUUGCAUAAUUCCAAUUAAAUAUUACCACAAGCCAACUGUGGUACAGUAAAAAUAGGGCUUUCAGGGCAGCCGCCAUCUUCCAACAACUUUAAUAGAGUUUCUUGAGUUAAAGAGAACCAUAAAAAUAUGAAUCAUGCUUUAGUUGCCUUAAGCAGAUAUAGUCAUUGGUGGAAGUUCUCAGGUAAAGGUUGAGUAAAAGUCCUGCAUUCAAAAGUUUACUUAGAGCUGCAGUAAGUAACUUUUAUUAAAAUAACAUUUUGUCAUAUCAUGAAGGCUUCAGCAAAUAAGACAAAAAUAUGUUUUACAGACAUUACCUACUGCAGCUUUAAGUACAGAAGAAUGAUCCACAAAUUAAAAAAAAGUAUAAAACUUUAUAUUUGGCACUAAAUGGCUCCAGUUAAUGGUUAUAUUUUAUAUGACAUUAUGGUGACUGUUGCAUUAAUGCAGCAUUUGGUUCUAGACAGAAAUUUGUAGUUUUUUAUAUUUAUCUUUGUCAUUUUUACUUUGUGGACCUCAAAACGUUAUUUAAAUGAAUCCCUGUGAGACAUUGCAGAGGAAAUGUCUCUUUGGACAUACUAACAACUGAUCUAAAACAUGACAGAGCCUCAACUGCAGUACACGCUGCGUUUUUAUCAAAUUUUUUGUUUAUUAUAUGCUGCUUUUUUUAAACUAGAAACCACAGCAAUGUUGUGGAGUAGAAGUAUGCAUUUUCAUAAUAUAGAGGAAAUGGGAAGUAAAGUACCUUAAAUUUGUACAUAUACACAGUACUUUUGUAAAUGUACUUUCCACCACUGCAUAUAGAGUAGUAAAACAAAUGAAAUAUACUGAUACUUAUAUUUUCAUUAUAAACAUUUUGCAACAUUUCAGAUCUGUUCAUGGAAACGUCACAUUUCAAAAUGUAUUUGUGUUCACAAAUGAGUAUAAUAAUUUCUAAGAAGCAGACUUGCAAAAAUCAAGUGUAAUUUGUUUGCAUGUUGACUUUUUUGAAUAUACUUAGAACUGUCCUAGAAUUGCUAUUUAGUAUGGAAAUGGGACAGAGCUCAGAUUUACAGUCCUCACUGCAGCUUCACAUUGUGGACUUGUUUAGUUUUAGGAUUUACAUUUAGGGUUGUCAGUAAAUCCAUGAGAUUAUUAUAGCAUUAUUUGCUGAUCAUGUCAUAAAGCAAAGUCAUGACCAUUAACCACUCCCUCCAAGAUUGCGCAGGCUUUUUUAGGGAUUAUUGCUGCCUAAAAUCUCGAUUUCACGCCAGCUUUUCUCAAAAAUUGUGAUGCAUGUUGUGAUCUUUUUAGGCCAGUGUCUCUCAGAUGGGUUCACGUGCUCCCCUAGGGGUACUUUGGAGUACUAAAGGGGGUAUCUGAAGUUUUUUUUAUUUAAAAAAUAUCUUUCAUUCAUGAUUCCUGAAAUAAUUAUACUAUAAGUUCAAUAGAAAAUGUAAAUGUAAGUUUGAUAAACCACAUUUCAUAUCCAAUAUUCCUAUUUUCAGUGCCAUGGGGGACGUAAACUGUCAGCUGCAGUUGCCUCCCUGUCACCAAGAAUGACAAAGAUACUAACAAACUCAGGUUUCUCACUAAAUUGGAUGUGCAACUCACAAAAUCAUGGUGGAUGGUUUAAUUCAUUGAUGGAUUCAAAACAUUUGAAAUGAAGUAUUUCAUUGUUUUUUCUUAAUAAAUUAGACACUGACUCUG